UGACGUAGCCACGUGAUCACAUACACGCUGCAUUCUAACCUAAAAUCAGGUGUACGAAGAUGUUUUCGCAAGCUCUAGAGACACUCAAUCUGUGAUUAAUUAUUGUAAAUAUUUCGUAACGUCUGAUUGUAAAAUACAAUUGCAAAUUAUACAAUUUGUUUGACAAGUCGCAAAAGGGGAGAUGUGUUCGGUAAAUGAUUGCAGGUUUGAUGAUAACGAUGAUGAAAUAACUAAAAACAAAGGGAAAGAUUCACUGGCAGAUGUGACACUAUGCAGAAAAUGCAAAUAUGAGAACGCUGACGUUUUAUUAAUCGGCCAAAGCGGUUAUUGCAAGACUUGUUUCCUGAUUGUUACGAAUCACAAGUUCAGAGCGGCGCUUGGUAAAUCUAAGAUUAUUCGCCAUGGCGAUUCGAUACUGGUCGAUCACUCAGGAGAAUUAAACUCCACCGUGCUCUUACAUCUCAUUAAAGCUGGCAUGAGUGAAUCUGCUCACAAGAGACUCAUCUUCAAGACAGUAGUUUUGUAUAUAGACGACAGCACUGUGGAAAGAACAAGUGAGGAAAGGGACAUGCUGCGACACAGAAUCACUGAGGAAACAAAGGCUUCUGGAUUUGACGGUUAUGCCGUAUCAAUGAGUCAGGUUUUAAACGAAGAGGAUACCUUGGACAUAAAACCGAUGGACAAAGAGAUAAACUGUGAAAAUGAUAAUCGGCUGCGCGCGAUAUUGGCCAGUUUAUCGGACGAUACCUCAAGGACGGAUCUUGCCAAUCAGCUACGUCGUAGGCUGCUCCUGUCGGCAGCUCGAAAACUUCAUUGCAACAAGAUAUUUGUGGCCGACUCCGCGGUGGACAUCGCCGCGAAGGUGCUCGGAGACGUGUGCCUAGGACGAGGCGCGCAACUCUCCACCCAGGCAAACUUCUGCGACGCUCGGUGUGCCGACAUCAAGAUACUCAAACCGAUGAGAGACUUCGCACAGCAGGAAUUGGUGUACUAUUCGGAGCACCACGAGAUAAAUUCUGUUAAAUCAACGGAAUCCCCAAGCGUACCGGCAACUUCCAUACAGGGAUUAGCGCGGAAUUUUACGACGGGGCUGGAAUCUCAAUUCUCCGGCACGAUAUCCACUGUAUUCCGUACAGCCGAUAAAAUAAGCCCAAAGAACAACGUUCAGCAAAGUACAGAGGAUAAUUGUGCGCUCUGUGAAGCGAGAUUGGACUACGUGUCUUCUGGCAAUGAAGUGACUGCCAUGAGAGCAAUUGAGGUUUCCAAACUGGUGUCUUCCAAAUCCGUUAAUGCAAGUUCUCCAAGUAAUCGAGAAAACGGAGAAUCGAAUUGCCUCGUUUCGCGGUUGGAUAACGAAGAAUGCUGUAACGACAGUGGCGAGUGUGGUUGUAAGAACGAUAUGAAGAGACAAAUAACCGCGGAAGACGUUUGGAGAUAUCUCUGUUACAGUUGCAGACGGAUAUUUCGAAGCUCAGAGAUUUUACGCACCUUGCCGGCGCCGUUAUUGUUCGCCGUUCAACAAAGAAUAGCUUUCAAGAGUAUGAGAGAGAAAAUCAGUGACUUUUUAUUGUGAAUAGAAAUAUUUGCUUCGAGAUCUUGCGCACAAGGUAACGCAACGAGAACAAUUGUACAUUAACAGGGUAGAAAUAUAUUAAGAGAUUUGUUAAACAUAAUAACAUGU